AUGUAUCUCAAAGAUAACGCCAAACCAACCUGUUUGAACCACACAGGCUUCAAACGUGACACGUGCACGAUCAUCAUUGAGGAUAGAAUAAAGGACACUUCACCGUCUGUCAGUUGCAAGGAUAACUUUCUUAAGCAACUAAGUUCAUACAUGAAGAUGUACAGCAUGCGAGUACAGUUCAUGCUAUGCAGAGGUGUGUGCACAGUCAUUGCAGUGGCCACACUCAUGUCAAUCUCGCACAUUGGUUAUGAAGUGUACAGAGAUAAGAUCAAGGCCCUGGUCUUGGACCCACACUGCCAGCAAGCGUUACGAGAUGCUUCAGAAGAUCCUCCAGUUGUUGAAGAAUACAACCCUAAUAUACACAACGCAACAAUUUCGCCUAAUCAGUCAUCCGAGAUACGCCAUAUUGCGUUUUUGAAAGCCCACAAAUGUGCGAGUUCCACAAUGAUGAACAUAUUUUACAGAUUUGGAAAUAAAAGGAACCUCAAUUUUGUCCUUCCCUUCAAAGGUACCUAUUUGGACAUGAGAGAUCAACGUGACCGUGUAACAUUGAUCCCUCCUGACAUGGAGUCAGGCUAUGAUAUUCUCUGUAAUCAUCUGCAUUAUUAUAACCAUCAAGUCAUAGCGCGAUUUCUGCCAUCUGACACAGUGUAUUUUGCUAUUGUACGAGAACCUUUCCAAAGAAUGUACUCAGCAUUUCAUUUUUAUCGAAAUGUGCAUCAUUUUAAGGAACUGAUGGAAAUCAAAGGACCGGAUCCCUUUGAAACCUAUAUCAACGACCCCGGGGCUUAUGAACUUAAGGCAGGUGGUCUUUCUCAAACAAAUAAUAAAAUGGCCAGAGAUUUUGGCUUUCCUCUACGAGACUAUAAAAACGUUUCCAAAUUUAAGGAUCAUCUUACACAACUUGACAAAGAGUUCAACCUUGUCAUUAUAGCGGAUCUGUUCUACGAAUCAAUAGUGCUCAUGCGACGAAUAUUAAAGUGGCCAAUGGAAGACAUACUGUUUUUGAAAAUAAACGCACACUCACAUAAAACAAUUACAAUGAAAAACAUCCCUGACCAACUGAAACCUUACCUUGCUCUUGAUUAUAUGCUGUAUAAUCAUUUUCUGUCAAAAUUCAAAGAACGCAUUGCUUUAGAAGGGCCAACGUUUGGGGAUGAGGUGGAUUACUUUCAAAGUAUCAACACAAAGACCACCGAGUUUUGUCAGAGAAACACUGCAGAUAAACAGUUGACAUUUCGUGCAAAUGACUGGCAUGAUACAUUUGAUGUUACUCGUGACGAUUGCGAUUUGCUGAGUUUACAUGAGGUACCGUUUGUGAAUUUGAUUCGGAUAAAGCACAAAGAACGACUGCGGAGGUUAGGGGCGAAUAUAACCUUCCUUUUUUAAACCACCUUGUUAAGUCUCCCCGUUAAAAAGGACCCGUGAAGAUCCGGGGUAGAAUAGGUCUUUGGCAACCCAUGCUUGCCGUAAAAGAUG